AUGUCCGCGCACAUGGGCAAAGGUAGCAGAGAAAUCCCACGCCAAAAAGUGGGUUUUAUACAGAGCCAAGAGUGGUGUCCGCCUCCCGCCCGCCGUCAGUUCGCCAGGCAGGAGCGGAAACCCACGCUGCUCGGAGCUGGCCGCCUCGUGCCUCCUGCUGCAGAGUGGAAGUGUGAGAGGUGGAGCGGACCUGGAAAAUCCUUAGGCUGCAAGAAAUCAUGGAGGAGCACACUGAAGCGCACGCUUACAAACCACUGCUUAGUCAAGAGUCCCUAA